GAAGAGGAAAAAAAAAAAAGGAAGAAAAAACGGGAGCAGUUCCGGGGCAGUCCCAGGGCGGUGUCUGCUGUCACUGCCGCUUUCUCGGCGGGCGAUUCCAAGGCGCUGUCGGGCUCGCUGCCGGCCCCUCUGCGGGCGGGCGGCCGGGAUGCGAUGGCGCUGUGCCCGGAGCUGGAGCGCUCGCUGUCGCUGCUGCAGCCGGGCGCCGGCCAGGCCGAGCAGCAGCAGCAGCAGGAGCGGCGGGUGGACGUGGCCCCCACGCCCAUGGUGUUCAUGUGCGCCGGCUGCAGGCGCCCCAUGGGCAACACCUGCACCUGGGGUUCAGUGCCGAGGACAGCAGCCCCAUCCUGCUGCGCAGUGAGUACCAGCGCUGCCAUCCCCACGUCGCCGCGGUCGCUGCCACCGUGCCUCCUUCCCUGCCUCCCGCCGCAGCUGCGGCCGCCAGCGUCACCGCGGACCCGGGGCGGAAGGGCUCUGAGCUCCCCGGAGAGUGCGGAUGGUGAGGGCCGGGCCUGGCUGGACACAGUCCUGGGGGAGUUGGAGGUUCCCGGUGCUGGGGACAAGCCCGGCAAAGGGCCCGGAGCGCUCAUGUGGCCCGAGAGCCCCUGGAGCACUUAUCUGGGGUGGGCUGUACAAGCCGCAUAUGGCCUAAGGGAGAGGGAUUUCUCACAAGGACAUGUAGUGAUGGACAAGGGAGGCAGCUUUAGAUUUAAUGUCAGGAAGAAAUUUUUCCCUGCGAGGGUGGUGAGGCCGUGGCACAGGUUCCCCAGAGAAGCUGUGGCUGCCCCUGUGUCCCUGGAAGUGCCCAAGGCCAGGUUGGACGGGGCUUGGAAUACCCUGGGAUAGUGGAAGCUGUCCCUGCCCAAGGCCGGGGGUGGAAUGGGGUGAGCUUGAAGGCCCCUUCCACAAUUCAGCGAUUCUGAUGGUCUUGCUGAGGUCAGCCAGCCUGAGGAGCUGAUGCAAAUUCAGGCUAAAAGAUGAGUGCUCAUCAUUUAUACUCUGUAAAGCAUGAAUGAAAGUUUAAAAUAAUUCUAAUGCAUGAUUUUUUUUUAUUUUUAAGAAAAGGGAUGGGGAGAAGUGCCUCCUUUUAUUUUCUUCUGAAUAAAUGUUAUUCCUUGCUUGCAGCAUGGUAGAAACCCUAUUCUGCUCUGGCUGCUCCAGGACCCUUGGCAGCAGAUACAGGCACGCCUCAAGGCAUCUCGACUACAAGAGAGAUUUGUUCUGCGUCUGUACUGACUCUGUUGAAAGGUAGGAAGAGUUGGGAGCGAACAGUCUGAGGAAGUGGACUGUGGAAGCUGAAGGUUGUCCGGCCAAAGCUGAGUGUGUGGCUCUGACACUGACCAAGGCUGGAAAGAGUUACUGUGUAGACAGUGAAUGUUAGAGCCAGGUGAGCUUUCACAGGAUGAAAGGAGCAAGGAGAGAAUCGAAUGGAAAGAAUUGCUGAGAUCAGGUUUGAGCCCUUUCUUUGGGUUUGGGAUUUGUUUGGGGUUUUUUUGUUACCUAAUGAAGUAAACAUUCCUCUAGGAAUGGAAGAUCAAAGGUUACAAUUUUCUUGUUGUAUUAAUUGAAAGACAGUUGUUGCAAUUAUUGUACAGUUCUGUAACCCCAGCCCUUGUUACCUUACCAGUUUUAAGUUAUUUUACAGCUCUCAGACCCUAAUUCCUGUUCCCCUGCCGUCCCCUUCCUGCGUUGCCUCCGCUGCUCCCCACCAGAAGCCACAGACUCCACCUUCAUUGCUGCCACUCCGUCUCCAUAGUUACAGGCCCUGCCUUUGCUGCUGCUACUUCGGUGGAUACUUCAUCACCAUGGUUACCCUUCAUAACUUGUCAUACAAUUGCUGGCUCCACCUUGAAUGUAAAGACCUCACAGCUCCCAGAAGACAUUGCUCUACCCGGAAGUCCAGUAGAGGUGAAUAGACCUCCUGGGCAGCUGACCAACGCCAAGUGAGAGCUUGCGGGGAGCACCACGGAGCUAAG